UGCUUGGUUUCACGCGCAUGGACCUGCUAUUAUUCAUAGGAAUGUUAUGUUGUGCAAAUGGACAGACAGUGCGUAUAUCAGCAGAAUUUCUAAAUGGAAGGCUGAUAUUUAAAUGGAGCAAUAUCUCGACAAUUCCUAACGAUAUAGUCAUUACAAAGAAUUCUAAAUCCACUGACUGGAUACGGGUUGAUGAUGACCAAUACACAGUGGAGGAUGUACUACAGUAUAAGUCAGUCAAGAUUCAAGUACGGGAAUUUAACAACACAGACUUCAGCAAAGGUUACCUAGACUUCGUCAAGACAUGCAACAUAAAAACAGUACAUUCAAUGGAAGGAGAAUCAAAAAACAUUUCAAUGACUGCUGAUUAUUUUCCGAUAACUGGAUUUUACUUUAUAUUUCAUGAAUAUAACGGUUCAGUGUCAGUUAUAAUACAGAUAGAUAAUGCCUUUCCAAAGGAGACUGAAAAGUAUAUAUACCAUAGCCGACCUUUCAAUUCUGUAAACAUACUGUUUGAAGUGAGAAAUAUAACAUUGGAAGAUGCUGGAUAUUAUGUUGGAAGUCCUUCACGGAGAAGAGAUACUGUUUGGAGAAAUUCUUGGACAGAAAGCGGAGUUGUUCUCACUGUUUCUGGAAAGCCAUUGAAACCUAUGAUGACAGGAAACAGUAAUGUAAAGGUGGGGUAUACCGCCUUCUUGAAAUGUGAAAGUAGAUCUACGUCUGCUCCGUCCUAUUACAAGAAGUUCCCGCCAUUAUCGUAUUCAUGGUUUGUCAACAACACAAGACUAGAAAGAGAGGUCAGAGAGACUUACAGUUUUAUAGUCACCAAAGACGUUAAAUACAAUCGAUAUAGCUGUCAGGCAAAAGAGAAUCUAGAAUCAGAAAGAAGUAAGGAAACUCGAAUAAACCCCUUACUUGAUCCUCGUCUUGAUGAGCCCACGUUAGUGAAAACCAACUAUUACACCAUAAUUGGCCCUGAUGUUACAAUUGCUGUGAAUUUGCCUGUUCUUGGAAAUCCGCUACCAUCUACAUCAGGGUUCAUUUGGACAGGACCCCCAACUGAACAAAUCUUGAUUAAAAUUUCACAAAGAGAUAACGAUUUCUACAAACACUGGAUCAACAGCACCAUUCCUGUUCCUGAUCAGAGAUCUUUAGGAAAUUACACACUCUAUUACAAAGGAAAAGUCAUCGUGGAUAUACAAAUCAACAAUCCAGAUAAACCUCAACCACCUUUGAACUUUACCGGAUUUUAUUACAACAGUAAAUAUAUUAACUUUACCUGGGUUGCAAACUUUAAUGGAGGAGCAGAACAAUUUUUUAUCUUAACACUCAAACAUGGAUCGAGUUGGAUAAACGUUACAAAUCUGGCAGACCCUGGUGAAGGAAACAUAGGAUAUUAUGACCUAGGACCAUUAUCCCCUGGACACGAAUACUCCUAUCGUUUGGAGAGCUGUAAUGUUAUUGGCUGCUCCAAAAGGCCUGCAGAAGAAAAAGUAACUUUUCAAGAUGGAAAUAAAUUCACGAUCUCUGCGCCCUCUACGCAGAACAUCAUUAUCGUCGUUGGAGUUCUGGCAGGUGUAUCUGUUUUGCUGUUGACAAACUUCGGUGUUUAUAAAUUUGCUCGCCAUAGAGCUAUUAUAUCAAACUCUUUCAAUCAACAACAAUCAACUCAUGAUCUCAAAUCUAUGAGCAAAGAAUAUGACGAUGUUGAUGACGUCACAAGAAAAGCACAAGGGCCGAGUCUUCCCCCUCAGACGUACGAGGAUUUGGCUGAGAACACAGAACAAAAUCUAACAGAUUAUCAGAAUAACAGUGGGCAUGAGAAUAACCAAUAUGAAGAGUUAUGGCCUGAUCAAGAUAGACAUUACUCGCCUCUAAAGGUUGAGUGAAACUCAGAAAAAGGAAAUGACUUUCCUCAGUAUGAAUAUCAUUUUCUAAAAAUAUAAGCAAUUUGAAAGGUUUAAAUAAAAUUUUAUACGCUAUGGAACAUAGAAAUUAUUUGUACUUUACGUAUAAAAUAGAUUUUGAUUUCUUAAAUUGAAUUUUAUAAGAGUUAAAAGAGGGGAUAAAGCAAUACAAAAUUGAUAUAUUUAUGGAUUGAUAAGAGCCUUUGAUUCUUGAGGAAUUUAAUUGAGAAAUUAGUCAUUCUUUUCGUUUUUCUAUAGGCGUAAAUAUUAAGUGAGAAAAAAAAUUAUUAUAGUAAAAUUAGUGAGAAAAACAUUAUUAUGCUAGAAAUGCAUGCGAGUUUCAUGAAGUUAAAUCCAUACCUGUUAUGAAUUAUUAUGUGUGUUUUCCUCACUCGUCCAUGUCACGUGAUCCCACCUCUGAUGUUUUGGAGGUCCGUGUUUGCUUUUCUCAUAUUUUGUAUUGUUUUAAAGACCUUUGAUCUUGAAUAUUGCACGUCAAAUCCAUACGUUUACUCAUUAUACCAGAAGGUAAAAAAGUAUUAUUUAGUAUUCCAUUAUAUUUUUUUACGUCUUAUUUCGCAUUGGGUGUGCUAUUAUAAACAGGAAUUGUUUUAUAAUUUUGUAAUAUGUAUAUACUUAUCUUUAUCUAAUUAUUUUUUUCGUUUCGUCAUGAAGAUGUACAAAAGUUUACUUUCCUGGAUCGGGUAAUUUAAACAAUUGUCAUAUAAAUACCCACAAUGCUUACAUGUCUGGUUUACUGUUAAUGAUGCAUGUGUUUAAAAUGUGUAUGUUUUAAAUGUCGUUUUGACAAUUCAUAAAGGGGU